AUGUACGUACAUGUCAUGGAAUGCCUGGACUAUAUUCCGGGUGGCAUGUGCAUGCGUGUCACGAUGCACCAGCCCUGUUUUCCGGGGGCAUUGGCUGGCUCCAAAUGUGCUCAGCCAGCAAGGAGUCUAUUAAGAGCAUGCCAUCUGUGCAGAUUGGUUAACUUUCAUCUCUUGGUAGAUGUUAGAGAUCUGCAACUAAAAGAGGAGCGUGAGAAGGUGCGUGUAUUGGAGGAGUCACUGAGAGUGCUGGCUACAGAACACCAUGAGCUUGAGGAAUCCAUAGCCUCACAUGUGUCUUCCAAUGGGUCCUCCAUUUACAACACUCCUGCCAACUCCUAUGUGUCCCUGCCAAGGCCUAGGAGAUUCUUUGAUGCUGUCAGCGAUGAUGAAUUCUUUGAUGCAUUUUCACAAGAUGAUGAUGGGAGUGGAGGCACUUUGGUCAGUCUUCCUUCUCCAUGUGGGAGUGAAUGUUCAACAAACACCCUUGUAUCUUGCAUGUCUUCCCUUCCCACUGACCCACAGUCUCCACAGUCACCCUCCCAUUUGCUCUCAAACAUCUCUGCACAGCCAGGUGCUCAGGUUUCUAAUACAACUAUAACAAAUGAAGAAGGAGGGGGCACUUACUCUAUAUCACAGGAUGUGUAUACUGUUACUUCAACAGGACAUAUAAUAGAUUCUGGAGGAACUUACAUAGUGUCUCAAAGUGGUUGUCAUUCUGAAAAUACAAAUGGAACACAUACCACAUCACUAGGCCUAUCAGGUUUAGUUAACACUGUGUCAGAAAUGCUUGGUGGUUCGGCUCAUACAUCGUCAGGAGAGCGGCACCCGUCAUCAGUAAACAGCGACGGCAUAGGUCCUCAGAACUCAAGUUCCACGAAAUCGCACACAUCGCACGUAUCUUCCGUUGCCCUGGAGACCCCACUGGUCAGAACCUCUGACCUGAGUGAGCAUAGUGAUGGUAGUGAUGAGACUGUCACAAGUGACUCUCACCAGGGCUCUGAAGUUGAAGAAAAGUAAGUAACCAUGAAUAACACUUCUAAUAAAAGUGUUUGAUAUGUAGAUGAGCAUGUAAUGUUGCCAUUCAUAAAGGUAACAGUGUUAAUGCAAUGUUCAUAUUUUUAUCUUGCAUCCUGUACAUACCACCAGAAUAUUUUUGUAAGAUAUAAGCUUUAUAUUUUUUGAAUGUUGCCCCUUCACUGAUAGGUCAGUGUCUUUUUUAUGAUGUGUAAAAUAUUAAGACUGUUAUAUGUUGAUUGUUAUAAACGUUUACUUAGUGCAUUUUGCUUCAUAAAUGGAGAUAAGAAUACAUGUUAAAAGAUUUAUUCAAUUAGACUUGAGUCUUCAUAUAAAUAUUGCAUGUAUGCCUUGCAUGAGAAAUAUAGCAUUUUUUGUAUAUUAUUUGUGAAUUUGGUUUACUGUAUACCACAAUUCCAUAAUGGAUUUUACUUAUGAAGAUUUAUCUUUAGCAUUCUCUCUCUCAGUAUGUAUAUAUGUGUGUGUGUGUGUGUGUGUGUGUGUGUGU